AUGUUAAUAUUACCGUUGAGCCAAUUCCAAGUCCGUUUCAAAACAAGAAUCAACGAUGUUCAAACUCAAGCCAGUGUGGUACUGAAAAAUUAUAACGUUCCUACUGAUAACGACAGAAGGAAUUACAGCAGUAAACCAAAGAAGCCGCCAGUUAAUUUACACGGAACGAAAUCUUACAAAGUCGGUGAAAAGAGACGGUACUCGCCGUUUCAUUAUUCUGGUCAGUCGACCGCCGAAUGGGCGCUCGCAAGACUCGAUGACAUACUCAACUGGGGACGCCGAGGUUCACUCUGGCCCCUGACAUUCGGCCUGGCUUGCUGCGCUUUAGAGAUGAUGCAUUAUGCUGGACCAAGAUACGACAUGGAUCGAUUCGGCAUGGUCUUUCGUGGGACGCCACGUCAGACUGACGUCAUCAUCAUCGCGGGUACCGUUACCAACAAGAUGGCACCGGUUCUCCGCAAGACGUACGACCUGAUGCCCGAGCCACGGUUUGUUGUCUCGAUGGGCAGCUGUGCUAAUGGUGGCGGCUACUAUCAUUACACUUAUUCUACUGUUCGUGGUGCUGAUAGGAUUAUACCGGUUGACAUUUACGUGCCUGGUUGUCCGCCGACAGCGGAAGCAUUACUAUAUGGGAUGCUGCAAUUGCAGAAGAAAGUAAAAAGGAUGCGGAUGGUUCAGACCUGGUACCGCCAUUGAAUACUAAACAUGUAAUUUUUAAUAAAUUAAUAUGAUUUAAAAGGA